CUAUUCUGAAACCAUGGUGUAAACAUGGCGAACUUGGCAGAUGUCGGCUGGAAACUCCUGGAAUUCAAAGCCCGAUCAAAACGAUCAGAUUUGUGAUUUAGCUGAGAGAGACCAUUGGCCUUAAUUUCACCUUUUGAGAAUGGCCGCCUCAGUGGCUGCGAAUGCCCGGCCCCGUCGGAAAGUUCAAAGACUUGGUUCUAUCUAUGAACCUCUCAAGCUGUCUCAUCUCCAGCGUGAGGAUGAGCCCCUAUGGGAGAAACUGGACCGCUACUACAAUGCUGUUAAGACAACCAUUCUGAACUACCAGAGUCCCACUACUGGCCUUUUCCCGGUCAAAACAUGCCCCACCUGCAAGGAGGCCAAGGUCCGGGACUCCCUGUACUGUGGUGCUGGUGCCUGGGCCCUGGCUAUGGCGUACCGACGCAUUGAUGACGAUAUGGGGCGGACCCAUGAAUUGGAGCAUUCUGCCAUCAAGUGCAUGAGAGGGAUCCUCUACUGCUACAUGCGACAGGCUGAUAAGGUGGAGCAGUUUAAACAGGAUCCCAGCCCCACCAAGUGUCUGCACUCAGUGUUUCACGUCGACACCGGUGACGAGGUUCACACCUACAGCGAGUACCACCACCUGCAGAUCGAUGCCGUUUCUCUGUUUCUGCUGUACCUGGUGGAGAUGAUCUGCUCUGGUCUGCAGAUCAUUUACAACACUGAUGAGGUUUCCUUCAUCCAGAACCUGGUGUUCUGUGUGGAAAGAGCCUACAGGGUGCCUGACUACGGCAUGUGGGAGAGAGGCAGCAAAUACAACAACGGCAGCACCGAGCUACAUUCCAGCUCUGUGGGCCUGGCUAAAGCUGCUCUGGAGGCCAUCAAUGGAUUCAACCUUUUUGGAAACCAGGGCUGUUCUUGGUCGGUGAUAUUUGUGGAUCUGGACGCCCACAACAGGAACAGGCAAACCCUGUGCUCCUUACUGCCCCGAGAGUCUCGCUCACACAACACGGACGCAGCCUUGCUACCAACCAUCAGCUAUCCUGCUUUUGCAGUAGAUGAUGACGCCCUCUACAGUCAGACACUGGACAAGAUUGUCCGCAAGCUGCGGGGCAAAUACGGAUUCAAACGUUUCCUCCGUGAUGGCUACCGCACCGCUAACGAAGACAAGAAUCGCCGCUAUUACAAACCUGCUGAAAUGAAGCUUUUUGAUGGAAUCGAGUGCGAGUUUCCCAUAUUUUUCAUCUACAUGAUGAUUGACGGGGUGUUCAGAGGAAAUAAAGCUCAGGUCAAAGAAUACCAGGACCUCCUUGAACCCAUUAUCUUCCAGUCUUAUGAGGGCCACGCUGUGAUCCCCAAAUACUACUACGUACCAGCUGACUUUGUAGAGGGGGAGCAGCUCAAACAUGGAAGCCAGAAGCGUUUCCCUAGCAACUCUGGCCGUGAUGGGAUGUUCUUCCUGUGUGGUCAAGCCCUUUACAACAUCGCCAAGCUGCUGGUGGAUGAGCUGAUCAGCCCUAAAGAUAUUGAUCCCAUCCACCGCUACGUGCCCCGCCAGGACCAGCGCAAUGUCAGCAUGCGAUACUCCAAUCAGGGUCCCAUAGAGAAUGAUGUUGUGAUUCACGUGUCCCUGAUAGCGGAGAGCCAGAGACUUCAGGUGUUUUUGAACACCUAUGGCAUUCAGACCCAGACGCCCCAGCAGGUGGAACCCAUCCAGAUCUGGCCUCAGAAGGAGCUGGUCAAGGCAUACCGCUUCCUUGCCAUCAAUAAGAAGCUGGGGUUGAGUGGGCGUCCAGAGAGGCCAGUGGGCUGUAUUGGGACCUGCAAGAUUUAUCGUAUCCUGGGGAAGACGGUGGUGUGCUACCCAAUAGUAUUUGAUCUAAGUGACUUUUACCUGUCCCAAGAUGUUAUGCUGCUGAUUGAUGACAUUAAGAACGCCCUGCAGUUCAUCAAACAGUGCUGGAAGAUGCAGGGACGUCCUCUCUUCCUGGUUCUCAUCCGCGAGGAUAACAUCAAGGGGAGCCGCUUCAACCCAGUCCUGGACAUGCUGGCCUCGUUCAAGAAAGGCAACCUUGGAGGGGUCAAAGUUCAUGUCGACAGACUUCAGACCCUGAUAUCUGGAGCCGUGGUGGAGCAGCUUGACUUCCUGCGUGUCAACGAGGCAGAGAUCCCAGAGUUUAAGAGCUUUGAGGAGCUGGAGCUGCCUAAGCACUCCAAGGUGAAGAGACAGACGAGCACACCCAACGCCUCAGACCUGGAGCAGCAGCCGGAGAUCAAUGUGGAGGAGUGGUUGCAGAAGCCCACCCACGAGAUCAUCCAGAAGUUCCAUGACUCUGACUGCUUGGCCAGUCAGGCUCAGCUUGCCUGCAUCCUUCUUAGGAGAGAAGGACCAGACUUCCUUGUGAAAGAUGAGAACAUGAUGGAUGAGCUGGAGAGAAUCUACAGAAGAGCUGGCAGCAGAAAGCUUUGGCUGGCAGUACGCCAAGCUGCUGCCAUUAUCAAGAAGUUCGCCAGCUCUAUAGCUCCUCACAUCACCACAAUGCUGGUGCAUGGGAAACAGGUGACUCUCGGCCUAUUCGGGCAAGAGGAGGAGGUGAUCUCCAACCCAUUGUCGCCAGGGGUGAUCCAGGGCAUCAUCUACAGCAAGUGCUCCCCUCACGGUGGGGAACGGGAGGCUGUUCUUCAGCAGGAGCUGGUCAUCCAUAUCGGAUGGAUUAUCUCCAACAACCCAGAGCUGUUCAGCGGCAUGCUGAAGAUCAGAGUCGGAUGGAUUGUCCAGGCCAUGAAACACGAGCUGAAGAUCAGGGCGGGAGACAUGCCACCCCAGGACAUCUACCAGCUCUCCCCCAGCGACAUCAAGCAGCUCCUGCUGGACGUCCUGCAGCCACAACACACCGGCAGGUCUUGGCUGAACAGGCGUCAGAUCGAUGGCUCUCUGAACAGAACCCCUCUGGGCUUUUAUGAUCGUGUGUGGCAGAUCCUGGAGAGGACCCCCAACGGCUUUACGGUGGCUGGGGCUCACCUCCCACAGCAACCGACACUGUCUGACAUGACCAUGUAUGAGAUGAAUUUCUCCCUGCUAGUGGAGGAAACGCUGACGAACAUUGUCCUGCCUGAGUACCGACAAAUUAUAGUAGAGUUGCUGAUGGUGGUGUCCAUAGUGCUGGAGAGAAACCCGGAGCUUGAGUUCGGCGACAAGAUGGAUCUGGACCAUCUGGUGAAGGAAGCCUUUAAUGAUUUCCAGAAGGAUCGCAGCCGCUUUGAAGGCAUGGAGAAACAGGAUGACAUGGACGCAUUUUACAACACACCACCAGUGGGAAAGAGAGGCACCUCCAGCUACCUGACCAAGGCCGUUAUGAUCCUGUUGCUGCAGGGGGAUGUCAAGCCCUGCAAGGACGACCCCUGUUCCGUUAGCUAGAUUUACAACGCUUCGACCUCUCAUCCCAGCCUGCUGCAGUGUAGUCAUCAAAUGGUCUACUGAGUAUCCAUCACAUAUAUUCAGAAGAUAACCUCUAACCUCUCCAAUCCUCUCUUCGGCAGCACUCUGCCCACUCCUGCAGGCUACAGUUUUCCUGGACUUUUGUCUCUACAGCAAUAGAAGCUGUGAGCAGAAGCCUCAGUUGGAAUAGAUUAGCAUGUUUGCAGUUUGCUUCAGGCGUUAAAAUACAUCCACCAGUCAUGUUUCAUAUAAAACAGAAAUGUUGAUAUUUAUGGGAAAUACUCACAGUAUCACCAGGGCCUUGUUUCUUUUACCGCCACACAUUUUUGUUCAGUAUCCCAACUGUGCUGUGUGAGAUUUUAAUAGAGUUACCUUGAAUUGCUCUAGUUAUUUAUUAACAUUGGUAGCUAGUCAUGUGAAAUGCCACAUAACUAGCUAAUGUUGCCACAUACUGUGCCCUAACUGGCUAACUGUUUUGUUAUUCUUUAUCUGGAUGUUGUAGAUUAGCAUAUCUGCACUUUGCUCAAAGGGUUAAUAUCCUAUACAGCCACCAGCUGUGCUAAACUUACUAGCACCUAGAACCUUCCUUAACUUGUCUACAUCUUUUUGUCACCAGAGUUCACUCUUGUAUUCUACUCUGUGUAUUCAGGCAAGAUUUUAAUAGUGUUAAUCACCGUAGGUGGUUAGCUAUGUCAGAAUGGCACCUAGCCACCAAACUUGUGUUCUUUUGCCCUGUCUCCAAUAAUACGUAUUGUCAUUAAAAUAAAAACGUAUUGAAGGAGAAAUUACACAAGUGGUAAUUGUUUUGGGUUAGCUUAGCUUAGCUGAGCAUAAAAACUGAAAAUGGGGAAAAAGCUAGCCUAGCUAUGUCCAAAAGUUAAAGGUAUGCUAAGCUAGGCUAGCAGGCUGUUGGCUGUAGCUUAAUUUUCAUCAUACAGACAUGAAACUGGUUUAAAUCUUCAUAUCUAAUUCUCUGUAAUAAAGCAAAUCAGCUUAUUUUAAAAAAGAACUAUUUCUUUAAUUUUUGUGUUUCCCUUCAAAAAUCCAAUAUAAAUGUGUUUGUAUUCUGGCUUUCAGAUGUAAGAAUGAUGCCACUGUGAACCCUGAUACAGGAACCAUGAGCUCAGAUGUAAGCUUUACCUCACCAGCAAUAACCUGUAGCUGUUACACUGCAGUCAGUCAGUACAAGGUCAUGUUGUAUCAUGAGAGGUGUGGUUGUUAAAUUGAUCUAUUUGGCUCCCAGGGGCCUUGAAAAUGCAGCUCAUAAUCACAUUAAGUCUGCCAUUAUGUCAUGUAUUAAUUGUCAUCAAAUUGCUUCCUGAUGUGGUUAUCAUCAUCAUCUAAACUAUCAGUGGGUCUUUGGCUUUAGAAGGUUUAUAAAUUUAAGAUUUUAUAGUGAAUCACACAGUAUAUUCAGCUAAAGUUUGGUGUUUGUUGUACUAUGUUCAGUUUCUUUUAGUGGAAUGCUGUGCCCUCUUACCUUUAUGCAUGCACAGUCUGCCGCAUGACAAUAGGGGCUGUUUGCCAUAUGCAAUGGGAUGGUUUCUCUGAAUGUUGUAGGCUACAAAAUAGUUUCUGAGAGGCCUGUUUGAGCAGUUGGGCUCUGCAUGACAAUGACUACUGCUCAUCUGAAGUUCUGGGACUUAAGACCCUUUAGAAAAUUCUGUUUUGUUGAAUGUGGGUAACAGUAAAGACUGCUGUCAUCCUUAGGUAGAAAUGAUAAAAGAUUCACUUUGACUUAUUUUAAAGGGUGCCUCUGAAUAUCAUCACUGUGAUGAAUCCUCCCAACCUUGUCACUGUGUGUGUGUGUGUGUGUGUGUGUGUGUGUGCGCGUGUGUGUGUUGUUUACCGUUGUUGUUCAAAAGAAGUAUUUUUAACUCAAACUGUAGUUUCAAAGAAUAAAGUUAUCAUGGAAACUAUAAACAUUUCCUGUGUGUCACUUUACUAUCACCCUUUUUAACUGUAUCUGAAUGUGUAAAUAAGUGCAGGUUUGCAUUAUGCAGCUGCCCCUGGAACAUCUCCCCUCUUCUUCCACAGUUAUGUGAAUAUGAAAUACCGACAUGUAAUUGCUUUGCGUGACUCAAAAAUUUCUUGUUCCUUGGCUAAAACUGCAACAGAAAUGGAGCGUGACUGCUACAGCCCUGAGCGCUGCGUUUUGGCAUUGUAUCGGAUCCUACUAGUUACACCCACUUAUAUUGCCCGAACCCCUUAUCAAUCUGCAUCUUGCCACUGACGCUGUGUGUGCUGUCUGCAACACUGACUAACUGACUGGCAGAGAAAGGUGGGCGAGCGAGAGCCAGAGGAGAAGAUAAAUGAGCUCUGCCUCACACUCAAUAUAUUCAAAUCAACUUGCAUGCUGGUGAGAGGAGAUCUUGCCUGUCUUGUUAAAUAAAUCACUGCUUCACCAAGAAGAAUCGAAAAGAAAUUAGUUUCUUUUGUUAUCAAGUGAGGGAUCUCAAAAAGGUUCUGGUCUUUUCUUUUUUUCAUAUCUAUUUUAUAAUUUACUUUGUACAAUAUUUCCUACUCCGCUAAACACCAUAAGUGUAAGAUAACGGAACAUGUUUUAAUGUUAUUAUAGAGAAAAGACAUCUUCCUUUAACCACUAAGGAACCUUAAAAGGAAACUCUAGAAACAGAUAUCACUCUAAUGGGUAGAUUACUAUUUCUACUAUUCUUCAAUAUCUUCUUCAGCUCUCGAGAAAGUGGCCCUGGUGAUGUUUUCGACGAGAGCACCACAAAAAGAUGGUAUUAGUCACAUUAUUUGAAGCUUGAUUCACAGUGGGCCUUUCUCCACACUGGACCCACCCUACUCCCACCCUCUGUCAUGGAGUGUUACACUUUGUAGUUGUCAUCACAACUGAAUGAAGCACCCUUCAUUAAGGUGUAGGGCAGAAAUACAGGCUUUGGGGGAAGUUCCCUUUGUCCAGUGGGAAAAGUAACUGUCAUGACUUUGUUUUUACUCCCAGUUUAUGUUCUUCAUAUGUACUGUAUCUGUAUGUGCUGCUUUUGUUUGCCUAUUUUUUGUAUAUUGUCCUUUUGUCUUUAAAUUUAAAUAAAUCAGUUAAUCAACCA